AGCUCGUAGGACGUUUUCGUAUGUGUAUUUGUGGCAUAUAUACAUUGUGUACUCUCUUUUAGACAUCGAGUUCAAGAAAUAAUACUACCAGCGUUUUAAACAACAACCAUAGAAAGGACUCUCUCUCGCAACUUGAUACACUUUUUUUGUUCUAAAGAAUUGUGUGCAUACAGGUUUUUUCGAUUCUUUUUUUGUAAUCUCUCGCGCUCGUACACGCUUUCACACGAUAUUUUAUUUUAUUUCAAGCGAAAAUAAACAUUUUUUUUUUCGGUUAUUCGGUUUGUUAUUGUGAUUUUAAUUUGCCAUUUUGUUUUGAAUUUUGUGUGGAUGUUAUUGUUUUUGCGGAAAAAUCGGUAGCGCUGAACAAACAAAUAAAGAGGACAAAUCAAGUGCGAUAAAAACGAGCUGACCCAAAAGUUUCAUAUCGAAUAAUCAUCAUCCGAAAUUAAAUCGAAGUAAAAUUCAAUAAAUAACAUAUUUAAAAUAUAUAAAACGUAAAUCAAUCGAUCAAAACAGCGUGACAGAAAUUUAUCGGCAAAAGCCGCAGUGAUUCGUUUGCAGUAAAAAAACCAAUAACUCCAAACAAAACAGUUUAAACCUAAACUCUGAAUAGCAAAACAGUUUAAACCUAAACUCUGAAUAGUCGGCUAAAGGAUUUGUGUAUCCAUUUUGUGGAUUGUUUUGUUUCCGAUAGACGGUAUUAUUGGAAAGGACACUGACAAAAAAAAAUUCUUUAAAAUUUAGGCCCCGCGAUUAAAUUGAACAAAACAUUGCAUGGUACGUGACCGUUGUGAGAAAAUCGAUAAAGGAGACGAGAAUUGCACCCACAAUAGUGUCGGUUCUUUUUUCUACCGUUUUGUGCUAGUUUCAACCAAAAAAAAACGACUCUCGUGUUUACAUUCAAUUUGCAGCGAUUGACCAAUGCCAUAGUUUUGAUUGCAUUUGGUUUUAAUAGUCAAUUGUGUCGAAUGCUAUUUAUAUUGAAGCUGAUUAGCGAAAGCCAAUCACAAGCGAUACCGUCGUCUAUGUGUAAAAAUAAAACAAAGUGAACAGAAAUAAAUCACAUAUUUGACGAUUUCAUUGUAUAUUGUGUUUAUCAAGUCACGUCUUCUACAUCGCGCGACUCAGGAAGACAAUUAAAAAAGUUGGAAAAACAAUUCACUGCCUUGAAUGAAGAAAAUAUAGAUUCUUUGAUUCAAACGUGCGCAGAGCUAAUAAUAAUAAUAUAAUACCGAACUUGUUACAAAGAAAAUAAUUUAUUACUACUUAAUGUGACGGUUUUAUGUUUUGUGCAACCGUAAACUCAAACAGAAUAAAAGAGAGAGAGAAAGAAAGGAAAAAAAGUGAUCCUUGUUUUGUGUGACCGACUCUGUAAUUUAUUACGACGGUGAAAUUACCUUCUUCGGUUCUCUUCUUGUACUUUAGCAAAGAGAAAAAAAAAACGGCGAACAUAACAGAUAAACGAUAAUCAGAUUCGGAAGGAAAUUGUUUAUUAUAAUAACAAUAGUCGAAUAAAAAUAAGCGUAAAGAGAAAAAAAAGAACAGUGCGAUUUGGUCAUAAGGUGUAAUAAAAGCAAAACCCAAAUAGAAAAUAAAACCAAGAAUAAGAAGACAAAAAAAAAAACAUCUAAAGAAAAUAGCGACAAUUGUCCCGCACCGUUUUCUUACCGAAUAACAACAUUUGGAGUUCAGCGUUGGAAAUUCAUUUUCAACCAUUCAUCUAAUAUAUAAAUAAGUUUCGUUCUUUUUUUAUUCGGGAAAAGUGUGUGAAACAAAAACAAAACCAGUGGAUUGAAUUACACCGAAACAGCUUGGGCACGACAAUUAAAAAGCGAUAAUAUAAGGUGACGACACUAUAAUGAGAACGAUACGUUAGCUUUGACUAUGGGAACAGAGGCAUGGGAUUGUGUUCGGACCAUUGGUCGUUAUGGUGGUGUAAGGCAUUAAGCCGAUCGCGAUCAUUCGCCACAACACUCAAUAACUACCUACUUACCAUACUCGUUGUACUCACAACGAUAAGCUACUCAAACGCUAAUUCACUUCCAGGUCAACAAGAUGCUAUACAUAUCACGGCCAUACUCGGAGAAAGUGUUAUAUUCAAUUGUCACGUCGAAUUUCCCGGUGAUCAUCCAGUUCCUUAUGUGCUGCAGUGGGAGAAGAAGGUGAGCGAAACGGGCCAAGAAAUACCGAUAUAUAUUUGGUACGAAAAUUAUCCAACCCAUAGCGGAGAAGGUUACGAGGGCAGAGUAUCGCGUGUAUCAUCUGAUUCACCGUUCGGUGCAGCCUCGCUUAAUUUGACCAAUAUUCGUGAAAGUGAUCAAGGAUGGUACGAAUGUAAAGUGGUAUUCCUGAAUCGAUCACCCAAUCAACAUAAAAACGGUUCAUGGUUCCAUUUGGAUGUUCAUGCACCGCCACGUUUUAGCGUUACUCCAGAAGAUAUAGUUUAUGUAAAUUUAGGUGAUUCAAUAAUACUUAAUUGCCAAGCCGAGGGAACUCCUACGCCAGAAAUAUUGUGGUACAAAGAUGCUAAUCCAGUCGAUCCAUCUUCUACUGUUGGUAUUUUCAACGAUGGCACCGAGCUUCGUAUAUCUACAAUCCGCCACGAAGACAUCGGCGACUACACGUGUAUCGCACGCAAUGGUGAGGGGCAAGUCUCUCAUACAGCUCGCGUUAUAAUAGCGGGCGGCGCUGUCAUUAUGGUGCCGCCUACUAAUCAAACAAAAUUAGAAGGUGAAAAAGCGAUAUUUACAUGCGAAGCGAAAGCAAUGCCCGGAAAUGUCACGGUGCGCUGGUUUCGCGAAGGUUCACCAGUGCGUGAAGUUGCUUCUCUUGAAACUCGUGUCACCAUUCGCAAAGAUGGCUCACUAAUUAUAAAUCCAGUGAGUGCCGACGAUUCAGGGCAAUAUCUAUGCGAAGUAUCCAAUGGUAUCGGUGAUCCGCAAAGCGCUUCCGCCUAUCUAAAUGUUGAAUAUCCAGCAAAAGUAACGUUUACACCAACCGUUCAAUACCUUCCAUUUCGAUUAGCCGGUGUUGUUCAGUGUUACAUUAAAGCAAAUCCACCAUUGCAGUAUGUAACAUGGACAAAAGACAAACGGCUACUGGAGCCAUAUCAAACGAAAGACAUUGUUAUUAUGAAUAAUGGAUCGUUAUUAUUCACGCGAGUAAAUCAAAAUCAUCAGGGUCGUUAUACAUGCACACCAUACAAUGCACAAGGUACACAAGGUUCAUCGGGUGCAAUGGAAGUAUUGGUACGAAAGCCGCCCGUAUUUACCAUCGAACCAGAUUUACUCUAUCAACGCAAAGUCGGCGAAUCGGUGGAAAUGAGUUGCGAUGCUCAGGAAGCCGAAGGCACACAACGGCCCAACAUUCAAUGGCUACGUCGAGAUGGAAUGCCAUUACAACGAAAUCGUGUCAAAUCGUCCGGUGGUAAUAUUACCAUCGAAAAUCUUCGACGAUCUGAUUUUGGUUUCUAUCAGUGUGUUGUUUCGAAUGAGGUGGCAACAAUUGUGUCGGGCACACAGUUGGUGAUUGAAGGAACGCAACCGCAUGCACCGUACAAUGUGUCUGGCAUUGCAACCGAAAAUUCAAUUACAAUCACAUGGAUGCCCGGUUAUAGUGGUGGUCCAGAUUAUAAGCAAGAUUAUACGCUUUGGUAUCGUGAAGCCGGUGUAUCAGAUUGGUCAACAAUUCAAGUCUCACCAUCUGGCAGCACAUCCGUUACAAUCAACGGUCUCACGCCCAGCAAAACAUAUGAAUUUCAAGUGGUCGGUAAAAAUGCACUCGGUGAUGGUAUGAUGAGUAAAUUGAUUACAAUUCGCACGAUCGAAACACCAUCAAGCAAACCGAAGCAAGCACCGUCACCAACACACACACCACCAUUAGUUUCAGCUUGGUCAACAGCAUCACCAGGGAUGGGCUUAAUUCCACCAUUAACACCCACCAUAGCAGGUCCAAAGCCAGGUCAACCACGUAAUGUAACGGUUACAGAAGUGUCAAAUGGUUUUCUUAUAUCGUGGCAAGAGCCAUUGGAACGUACAUCGCUCAUACAACACUAUACGAUCAGAUAUCGAACGGAUGCACAAUGGAAGACAUUGAAUCGGGGUCAGAUUCGUCCAAUAGAUACAUCGUAUUUGGUGAAAAGUUUGGUCGGUGGCCGAACAUAUUAUUUCCGUGUACUGGCACAUUCGCAAGGCAGUUACGAAUCAAGCGAUGAAGUUAAAUUUCCGGUACCGGCACGUGUUAAGCAUAAAGCUAUAACAGCCGGCGUUGUUGGUGGAAUACUAUUUUUUAUCGUUGCAAUCAUUCUAUCUAUUUGUGCUGUAAAAAUUUGUAAUCAGCGUAAACGUCGAAAACAGGAAAAAGCAUACAACAUGGUAGCGUGUAGAAUAACGGAUGCCCGCAAUUCACAUUGUCGUACGGGUUCUGCUUCCAGUAGUCAUGUGCCUUUGAAUAAAUACCGAAGGAGUCGAAUACCAGGCCUAAAAACGCUCGCUACAAUUGUACGUUGGAUAUGGCCACGUGAUCGUUGCACAAACUGUCAAUCAAUUUAUUCGAUAACGCGGCCCAGUGACAUGAUUACAAAGAAUAUCGACCAAAUACAUCGGUCGACCGAUGGUCGUUUCGUAAUAACGUAUGGUUCCGAUUUGGAAAUAUCUCGACCAACAAGUGCAACAGGUUCGAAUUCAAGUGAAAGUGAUGAUGGUGGUUUUUUGCCGCGACAAAGUCAACAACAAUUGAACAAUAAAACGAAUAAUAAAAAUAAAUUGCGAACAUCUUGGCGCCGGCCACUUGUAUCAUAUCCAAGUGAAAUGAGCUUUGGCCCCGUAACACCAACGCCACGUCGUGCUUCCCACGAUGGUUUAUUGCGAAUUGGUACUAAUGAACAGCCAUUAUUACAAAUUGUGCCAGUUGAAUUGCAUCCAAUUCCGCCAACUUAUCAAAAUAUUAAUUCAUUGGAUCGUAAUUCAAUGCGUCACACACUUCCGUAUCCUCAUACACCAUCACGGGUGUCACGCAUUGUAUCCAGUUCACCGGCUGUAUCUAGUCCAAUAGCACAUUCGUCAACAAUUUUAUCGCCGCAAUCAAUGUAUUUCAGUGAUCUAUCGUCUGUGCUACAGAACAGUUCACGGGAUCGCACACCACGGACGCCACAAAGUUCAAAUAUUAGCCAAUUACGUUUGUUACAGGAGCGUUACGCACAAGAGUUGCCAUCGUUGCGUGCCAUUCAUGAGGAAACACAACGAAUGGCAGCUCAAUAUCCAAUGCAUGAACAAAUGCUACACACACCGUCCCAAUAUCUACCAAAUUCAUACUAUCAUCCUCAUUUGCAUCACAUAAAUUAUGAUCAAUCGCCGUCGUCACCGUCACUUGUACAACAUCAUCAUCAUCACCAUCAUUAUCAAUCGCAACAACAGCCAUUGGUUCAUCAAAGACAAAAAUCACGACUUCUACCUCGUCACAUUCGUAUGGCACGAAGUGCACCUGAACUUGGAUUGCCAACGGUCAAUUAUAUUGAUACAACGAUGGAAGCAUCACCGGAAAGUCAAUCAAGUUCGAGCGGUUUUGGCAGUCGAAAUACAUCACAUGCACUGCACAAUCAUAGCUCACGCUCAGGAAGCCAGCCAAGUGUUCGCAAUCUACCACCGUAUAGACCACCACCACAACCAUUUUACUAUUAUUAUCCAUACGAUGCAUCAUCGACGUCACAACAUUCAUCGCCAUACACGAUGGACCACUGGGUCGAUUUAAUCAAACAAAUGUCCGGCGACAAUUAUUUAACACGGACCAAUGAAAAUCAAAUGGCAUCCGAUGCAAAAGCCGUUGACGUUGGCAGCGUUGAUGGUCACUAUGAAUUCGAUCCAGCCACACCAACGCCGACUGCAUCAACACCAACGGGAGCAACACGAGACGAUCUAUUAUUAUCCACACUACCAAAUUCCCAAUUUACGCUAUUGCAAACAACACAGUCACUGCAACCAUACCAACGUAAACGCGUAUCUAAAUAUGAAAAUAUGGAGGCACGAGUUCAGGCUAUGAAGGAAGAAUUUUAUGCUUAUCGAAAACGUCAAGCUAUGCAAAUGCAACAACAUCAUUCAGCCUCUACCAAUGCCAAUAAAAAUAGUUCAAUCGAACUAGAAAGCGCUUGUUAACUAGAAUUUAAUGAAAACAAACAAACAAAUAUAAAUGUUCAACACACCACAACAACACUACAAAGAAACCAACUACAAAACGAACACGCUAAGAUAACAACAACAACAAACAAAUCUAAUGUUAGUUUAGAAGAGAAAAAAAAAAACAAAUGGAAAAAUAACGAGAAAAAUUGUACACACCCAUGAUGAAUCCCCAUGAAUCCUUUUGAGUAAAAAUUCAUUUUGGAAUUUGUUACUACCACUUAACAACACAACCACACUGACAAAUCAUUCGGAUAUGCCCGUUUGAUUUUGGCAAAGAUUUGGCAUUUCUGAUAUCAUUCAUAUGAACAUCUAUAUUCCAUAUCUACACACUGCACAAAAUAAUUGGACUUUCUUUUCCAAUUAUUUCUUUGUAGCUUCAUCAUGCGUUUUUGAAUAUCGAAAGACCAAAUUUUUGCAAUUCAUAGACCAAAUCAAUUUUCCGACCAUUUUUUUCCCAUCAACUCAUUUCUAAAUUGUUUGGAAAUGCUUCGGAUAAUUUCCGAACCAUUUGUCAGUGUGGUGAAUAUUAUUAAAUAUUUAAAAAAAUAAAUUGAAUAGAAAAAUCGUGAAGUUUUUUGCAAAUACACUUAAUUUUUAAUAUAAAAAAGAGGCAGUAAUUGACACUGACAUUGAUCUCGUUAUUAAAGUACACACGGCAAAACAAACAACAAUUUAAUUAAGAUGAAAUAUUAAGUGAGACAAUUACUAAUGAAUUAAUAGCGAAAACAUUUCGAAUACGAAAAAAAAAACAACUUUUUAUAACAAUUUUUUUUCGAUUCACUUGAAAAUGACGAAACAAAACGAAACGAACGAAUGUCCCUGAAAUGAGCCGAGCUCGAUUAUCGGCAACCAAAAAAAUGUCACUCAUGGAAAAUGGAAAUACUAUUGGUUUCACUAAGCAAAAUAUGUUUUUUUCAAACAAAAAAAGAACAAUGUUGUAUCGGAAUGGAAAAGUCAUCUCACCUCCAAUCAGCGCUGAAAAGUUACUUUUUUUCUCUGUUUUUACAUAGCCAUUUAGAUUCUAUAUGUGCUUUAAUUUAUAAGAAUUUUUCUCCCACCAGAAAUUCUUGUGUUCACCUUUUACUUUUAUUUCGAAUCAUCUAAAUUUUAUUUUAAGUUUAAUAUCAAAAUUUUUAAGAAAAUUUGUUGAAAAUUAUUUUAUGUUUUUUUCGUAGGCCACCUUUGAGGUUGUUUCGGUGCAACAUCCGAUCAUUAAAAAAAACAUCAAGACUGGUCUUUGCCAUUUCCAUGUCAAAUGAAUUAAAAUUUAAUUAAGAUGGAUACAUAUAGAUAUAUAAUUGACAUUUAACAACAACAGAAACGUUCAUUUAAAAAGAAGAAAAGAAAGAUAUGCCGACAAGAGACAAGAGAAGAAUUAAAAAUGAAUACAUGAGUAAAUAUUGACGAUGUUUGCGAUCAAAACACAGACAAAACAAUGUUGCAUCGCCACACUCUUUUCAUUUGAAUGUUGAAAUAUUGUGUAAAUAAAAUAAAUUUAGGAGACAAAUUUUUAUCAACCGAAUAUAUUAUAUUAUAUAUUAUUCAGAAAAAAAAACUGUGGAUGACCGUAGAGGGUGCGAGAAUAAAAGAAAAUAAUAUAAAAUUUAAUAAAAAAAAUGUAGCGUGAUUGCUAGUGUAUCGCGCAUCGCGAAUUGUCCGCGAACCGAUACAUAAGUUCCAAUAUAUUAAAGAAACUGUUUCAAAUGAAGAUGAGACAAACAACAACACCAGUUGAAACUUAAAAAAAAAUUAUUUAUAUCAAAACGAUUCCGAUUUAAAAAUGAAAUUAAGCCCAUCUCUCUUCGAAAGACGCUAGCAAUAAACAUUUCUGUAAAAAUACAAGUUCUAAAUUACAAAGUAAUUAUUAUUAAAUAAAAAAAAACAACACACACAAAGAUUAAAAUUACACAAACUGAUUUUUAAAAACGAGUGAAAAUUACUUAAACACAUAAAUGAUAUAAUAUAAAUAAAUAAAUAAAUAUAUAUAUAUAUAAAGAGAGUAUAAAACAAAGUGGAUAAAAUAUACCUAGCCAUAAUGCACGUUAAAACUUAAAAUCUCGUUUCACCGAAGUAAAUCAUCGUGUUCGAUGAAUUAAUUUCAUCAUUGCUUAAGAUUUAAAAGAAGAACGUCUAACGAAAAUAACAGCUUUUGUUUUUCUUUUCCCUUCAAUUUCUCUUUAUGCAAAACUCACCCAAUUGGCAGGUAGUAGUGACUUAAAGCAAACGCAUUUUAACCACUUCAUAUUUAUUAACAUAUAAAAAAUGAAAGCAAAAAAAAAAA